AUGAGAAACUCAAACUAUUUUCAACAAAGAGUUAUCCUAGCUCCAACCUUAGAUGCAGUUUCCAAGGUCAAUGAGUAUAUUCUAUCACUAAUACCAGAGAUACAGAGGAGUACUAGAGCUCUGACACAGUUUGCAAAUCAGAUAAGGAUACAAAAGUUCAAAGUUGUUGUUGAAAGUGGAGUUCCUGUUAUACUAAUAAGAAACAUUGACCAAACUACUGGUUUGGGUAAUGGGACAAGACUUAUCAUAAAUGAUCUUGGAAAAAAUAUAAUUGCAGCUACAGUUCUUAAAGGAAGAUACGCAGAUUGUAAAAUAUUAUUAACUAGGAUGACUUUGAUUCCUCAGACACAGUGGGAUGUUAUCAAUGUUCAUCUCAAGCUUGUGGCUCUAGUCUUCUCGUGA